CAGUAUAAAUAUCACCAUAAUGAACUUCGGUUGGAUUUGCUUACUCUGCCUUACAAUUAGUGAAUGCUUCUCAAAUGAAAUUGAUGGAUAUCAUUUCAAAGAAGCGGGGAGACGUUCGGAAAUUAAUUUUAUUAACGAAGCACGUACUUUAGCCUCCUGUCCCCUGGAAGUGGGCGCCGAAGGAGUUUACGUUAUUACACUUCCUCGUCUCAAUCCGUUUCCUGUUUUAUGCGAUGCCCAGGUGGCUGGAGCAGGUUAUCUUGUAAUCGCUAGUCGAUCUAAUUCAAGUGUGAGCUUCUAUCGCAAUUGGCAAGAAUACAAAAAUGGCUUUGGAGAUCUUUUAGAUGAUUUUUUCAUAGGUCUCGAUAAGCUGCAUGCCAUAACGAAAUCACAAACCCAUGAGCUGUACAUUCAUUUGGAGGAUUUUGAUGGAAAUACUCGUUUCGCCAGAUACUCUGAAUUUUACAUUGAAAACGAAAAUGGAUCGUAUAAAUUGAGUACCCUGGGAGCAUAUACUGGAGAUGCAGGAGACUCUUUGGAUUAUCAGAAAAAUGGAUUGUUUUCCACAUAUGACAAGGACAACGAUUCCAAACCCGACAUGAACUGUGCUCAACAUUAUCUUGGUGCUUGGUGGUACAAAAGCUGUCACCAUAGUAAUUUGUUUGGAAUGUAUUUCGGAGGAACAUUCAGCAGCAGUCUGGAUAAUAAAGGAAUGGUAUGGCGUCACUGGCGUGGAGGAUUGUAUUCUUAUAAAUCCAUUAAAAUGAUGGUCCGACCCAAAUGCCGCUGUGCUUAGUGUCAAAAAGAUCUGUAAAAAAAAGAUUCCUUAUAAUCUUUGCAACUUAUGAUAUUAUAAUCACACUUAAAUAUCACUAAAUUUAUUUCUUUUCAUAAGUUUUUUAAUUUUGUGAAAGAAAUCAACUUUACAGGCUAAAACUAAGAGCAAAAUGUUAAUGAUUU